UUUCAUAAAAUCAAGCCGGGCUGAAAACAUGAAGCAGUAGGCUUUUAAGAUACAGGCUGCGACUUAACCAGAAAGAUCGAGGAAUUCUUGCUAAACAUGCCAUACAUGGAUUUCUUGUUUUCGGCUUUUUAAAAUCAAAUAUGCUGAAAAGUGUCUUCAUAUCAUUAUUAUGAAUAUCAUUAUUAAAAAGUACUUUGAAGAGAAUAAAUGAGCUUUUAAUUUGGAUGAAUGAAAAUUUGCUGUAAUUAAAAAAAAAUUAAGUUUUUUUUUUUAUAAUGGGUAGUAAAAUGCUGAGUUCAUUCUUAUUUAGCACAUCUUGCUCUGUGCAAAAGAGAUUGAAAGUGGAAAAAUGAUGGAAGUUUCUUUCUCAGGAAAAGAAAAUUCUUAUACAUUGGAACUAUCUUCCUGUAUGUUCCUUGUAUCCAACAUGACCAUGAAGCAUUUUAGAAAAGUCAGAUAACAUCAGUAAGCUAUCCAUCGAUCACAUGUCUCAUAUAGGCGCAAGUAAGAGUUCUUUUAGGCACAAGUAAGGGUUCUUUUAGGAGAUUGGUAGAUCUGAAAGAGAGAUUACAGCUCCGGAAUGUAUUCAGAUGACUUUUUUGAAACAGAUAUUUUAAUUGGAGUGGGGGUAGAGAAAUAGUUGAGCUUCUGUAGUUAAAUAUUCAACUUCCUUGACCUGUUAUCUAUAAAUAUCGCAGAUGAAAAACCGUUGGAGCUCAUUUUCAGAAAACUUACUCAGCAUACAUAUUUAUCUGUAUGUAUGUAUCUGUUUCCCAUCCCUACUUCCCAUGAAUGGGUCAGUAAUUGGACAGUUUCUGUCAUAAGAUUGAGCUGUUUGGAGUGUGUUUAAUUCGUUGCUGUAAACUGCAUUAGCAGCAGAGUCCCUUAUAAUAGGGUUCUGAACAAAACCUCAUUUUCUUUUUUUAACAAGAGAGAGAAAAAGAGCAGUUGAUCUGUUUUCUGAAAGUCUCUAUGCCUGUCCCUUCCCCCAAGAGACGAAUAUUAAGGGGAGGAGCUCACUCACUGUUCUAACCACACUUCAUAUGUCUUAACUUGAGUGCUUUUUGGUUUCCUGUCGGCAGUAAGUCAACUCUGUACCAUCUCAACUUUCCUGAAGGGUGGAGAGAUUGGUAGCUGCUCCGAGAAGGGGAGUGAGUUCUCACAGACUGAUUGCCGCAUAAGGCGUGUAAGAUUGAAUUUAUGAAAGCUUUCGGUAGCCUCUGAAGACAUCUUUUUUUCUGUGAAAUUGGAUUUCUUCAUUAUAUUUGUGGGCUGUUGUUUCUGAGAAUCCAUCAUGACUCUGCUGGAACCUGAGAUGUUAAUGAUGGCUGUACAGUCAGUGCUGCAGUUGAAGCUCCAGCAGCGCCGGACCCGAGAAGAGCUGGUGAGCCAAGGGAUCAUGCCGCCUUUGAAAAGUCCAGCUGCAUUUCAUGAGCAGAGAAGGAGCUUGGAGCGGGCCAGGACUGAGGACUAUCUGAAGCGGAAGAUUCGCUCCCGGCCAGAGAGAUCGGAGCUGGUCAGGAUGCACAUUUUGGAAGAGACCUCGGCGGAGCCUUCCCUCCAAGCCAAGCAGCUGAAGCUGAAGCGAGCCAGGCUGGCCGAUGACCUCAAUGAGAAGAUCGCACAGAGGCCUGGCCCCAUGGAGCUGGUGGAGAAGAACAUCCUACCGGUGGAGUCCAGCCUGAAGGAAGCCAUCAUCGUCGGCCAGGUGAACUACCCGAAAGUAGUGGACAGCUCUUCCUUCGAUGAGGACAGCAGUGAUGCCUUAUCCCCCGAGCAACCUGCCAGCCACGAGUCCCAGGGCUCCGUGCCAUCUCCCCUGGAAGCCCGAGUCAGCGAGCCACUGCCCAGUGCCACCUCUCUCUCCCCUACUCAGGUUGUGUCCCAACUGCCGACGGGCCCCGACUCCAGAGAAACCCUUUUCCUGGCAGAGCAGCCGCCUCCACCGCCCCCUCCUCUGUUGGCUCCCAGCCUCACCAAUGGAACCGCUGUCCCCACUGCCAAGUCAACCCCGACACUCAUCAAGCAAAGCCAACCCAAGUCUGCUAGCGAGAAGUCGCAGCGCAGCAAGAAGGCCAAGGAGCUGAAGCCAAAGGUGAAGAAGCUCAAGUAUCAUCAGUACAUCCCCCCGGACCAAAAGCAGGACAAGGGGCCACCCCCCAUGGACUCCUCCUAUGCCAAGAUCCUCCAGCAGCAGCAGCUCUUCCUCCAGCUCCAGAUCCUCAACCAGCAGCAGCAGCAGCACUACAACUACCAGACCAUCCUGCCUGCCCCGCCAAAGCCAGCAGUGGAGACUCUGGGGAGCAAUGGGGCCCCCCCAGUGCGUAGCCUUUCCACGACCAGCAGCAGCUCCAGCUCGGGUGCCCCUGGGCCCAGUGGGCUGGUGCGUCAGAACAGCAUCUCACAGCCGGGCAAGCCGGGGGCCCUGCCCGCCAACCUGGACGAGAUGAAGGUGGCGGAGCUGAAGCAGGAGCUCAAGUUGCGAUCACUGCCUGUCUCAGGCACCAAGACUGACCUGAUUGAGCGCCUGCGUGCCUACCAAGACCAAAUCAGCCCUGCGCAGGGGGCCCCCAAGGCCCCCGCUGCUGCCUCCAUCCUGCCCAAGGCUGGGGAGGUGGUGGUAGCCUUCCCAGCGGCCCGGCUGAGCACGGGGCCAGCCCUGGUGGCAGCAGGCCUGGCUCCCACAGAGGUGGUGGUGGCCACGGUGACCAGCAACGGAGUGGUGAAAUUCGGCAGUACGGGCUCCACACCCCCAGUGUCUCCCACUCCCUCAGAGCGCUCCCUUCUCAGCACAGGCGACGAGAACUCCACGACCGGGGACACCUUUGGCGAGAUGGUGACAUCUCCCCUGACCCAGCUAACACUGCAGGCCUCGCCAUUGCAAAUCCUCAUGAAAGAGGAGGGCCCACGGGCCGGCGCCUGCUGCCUGAGCCCAGGGGCGCGGGCUGAGCUGGAGGGGCGCGACAAGGACCAGAUGCUGCAGGAGAAGGACAAGCAGAUUGAGGAGCUGACGCGCAUGCUCCGGCAGAAGCAGCAGCUGGUGGAGCGGCUGCGGCUGCAGCUGGAGCAGGAGAAGCGGGCCCAGCAGCCUGGCCCCAGCCCGGCCCCGGCCACCGUUAGCACUGUUGCCACUACUGUGAAGCAGGAGAGCAGCUUCACCAGCUGUCAGCUUAGCCAGCUGCCACCGGGCCCCACACACCCCUUCAGCCCCAGCCUGGCUGUCCCCACUGCCGACCACGCAGACACUGGCACCCCGGCUGUUGCACCCCAAGCUGUGGUGGUGAAGCAGGAAGCCGGGCUGCCUGAGCCCACACCAGUGCCCACCCCGAAGCUGCUCCUGGCCCCAAGGGGCUCUGGCCUCGUCAAGGGGGUUACACCUCCCACCCUCAUCACUGACUCCACUGGGACCCACCUCAUGCUCACUGUGACCAAUCACAAUGCAGACAGCCCUGGCCUGCCCAGUGGGAGCCCCCAGCAGCCCUUGUCCCAGCCUGGAUCUCCGGCCCCUGGCCCACCAGCCCAGAUGGACCUGGAGCCCCCACCGCAGCCCCUCUUUGGGCCCCCCACUUCUCUGCUGAAGAAGGAGCCACCUGGCUACGAGGAGGCCGUGAACCAGCAGCCCAAACAGCAGGAAAAUGGUUCCUCAAGCCAGCAGAUGGAUGACCUGUUUGACAUUCUUAUUCAGAGUGGAGAAAUUCCAGCAGAUUUCAAGGAGCCAUCGUCCCUGUCGGGGAAGGAGAAGUCCCCCAUGCCGGCAGCCUGCGCCUCCCCGCUGGCCACACAGCCCUCACCCUGCGCCGAGCUCCCGCAGACGGCGCCCCCUCCGUCAGGCUCACCCGCCCUCCCCGGGCGCCUGGAGGACUUCCUGGAGAGCAGCACAGGGCUACCCCUGUUGACGGGUGGGCAUGAGGGCCCGGAGCCCCUGUCCCUCAUCGACGACCUCCACAGCCAGAUGCUGAGCAGCUCCGCCAUCCUGGACCACCCCCCCUCGCCCAUGGACACCUCGGAAUUGCACUUUGCGCCUGAGCCCAGCGGCACCAUGGGCCUUGACCUGGCUGACGGGCACCUGGACAGCAUGGACUGGCUGGAGCUGUCGUCGGGCGGCCCCGUGCUGAACCUGGCCCCCCUCAGCACUACGGCCCCCAGCCUCUUCUCCACGGACUUCCUCGACGGCCAUGACCUGCAGCUCCACUGGGACUCCUGCUUAUAGCUUCUGCUAUAAGAGACGGGGGUCUGGGGAGGGGCCUGGUGGUGGGUGCCCGGGGCUUUCCAUGGCACGGCCCCCCUUUGGCCUGGUUCCACCUCCGUGUGGUUGUGAAGUCUUGACAAUCACAGUUCCUGCUUCCCCUCCCUGGGAGGCUGAGCAGAGGGUCCCUGCGCCAGGCAUUUCAGCGUGACCUUCUUUUCUGAGGUCUGAGGUGCCACUGUCUAAGGCAGGAGAGGCUGAGGUGGGUGGAGGGCUCACUCCCUGCCUUCUCUUCCCUCCCAGGGGAAAAACCAGCCUGGGCUUCUCCUUCCUGUCAGCCAACCCCAGGGCUCCCAGGCUGCCACCAGGGGGCUCCCUGCCAUUUGAGUGUCUUGGACAGUGUAACCGUUUAGUGUUCAGUGGCAAAAGGUUUCUGUACAGGUGUAUAUACCUCUAUAUAAUAUAUCAACAUGCAUAUACACAUUCUUUUGGGUGGGAGGCGGGUGCAGCUCCCUCCCAUCCUGCUCUGCACAUACAGAUGGGCCUGGAGGCCGUGGCUGCUAGGGCUGGGCACAGGGUCACCUCAAGCUGUGACACAUGGUCCUGCCCCAGCCUGGCGUGGAGUUGCCCAGGCCCACCCAUCACGUGUGUUUGACAUGUAGCCACCCUGCCACACCUGCUGCAUCUGUCCUGCUUCCUGGCCCUGUUCCUGCCACAGUCUUCCACCCACCCAUGUCCCCUCCCAUUGCCCCACUGCAGCCACCAUCAGUCAGUCAGCCUCAGCCCGGGACAGAAGGGCGCUGCUGGCCCAGCCCUAGUGUGGGCCAGAAACUAGGGCAGCCUCCUGCCUUGACCGUCUGGCUUGUCAUUCAGGGGGGCUUAGGGAUGGAGUCAGUCACCAAAACAAGUGCCGAGACAGAGUUGGGGAAGCUGUGUGAACUUUUUAAAAUAAACACAAAAAU